UAUCUCGCCACCACCCCACGCACUUCCCUUUCGGCAUUGUCGACUGCUCGCCAGUCCACACCCAUGGCGUCCGCAGCAGCAACCAGCCUGCCCACCCUCGCCUCUCCGCGCGUAUCUUUCUCGGUUUCCGCCGCUGGGAAGAACAGCAACGGCCUGCCCAUGUCAGCCGGCGCGCGCCGUGUGCCGGGGAUUUCUGUGAUUCAUUCGCAGCGGGGUAGGAUGGUCGCGGCGGCGGCGGCGGCGACCAAGAUGCCUCCCUCGGCGAGGGGGGAGGACGGGGAGAAGACCUUCGUGGAGGAGAUGAAGGAUAUCGCUAUGAGCCUGCACACCGAGGACCAGGCCAGGACAGUCAACCUGCGGAACGCUACCGUUGAGGGCUACCUGCGCUUCCUCGUCGACAGCAAGCUCGUCUUCGAGACGCUCGAGAACAUCGUCAACCGCGCCGUCGUCCCCUUCCCCUGGUAUGCGGAGUUUCAGAAUACUGGAUUAGAGAGAUCAGAGGCACUGAAGAACGAUCUGAAAUGGUUCAGGGAACAGGGUCACACAAUUCCAGAACCAUCUGCUCCUGGCACUAAACAUGCUGCCUAUCUGAAAGAGUUGUCUGAGAAGGACUCGCAAGCAUUUCUCUGUCACUUCUAUAGUGUGUACUUUGCUCAGUCUGCUGGAGGUCGAAUGAUCGGCGCAAAGAUUGAUGAGAAGAUUCUGAACAAGAAAGAGCUCGAAUUCUACAAGUGGGAAGGUUCCCUGUCCCAGCUGCUGCAGGACGUCCGCGCCAAACUUAACCAAGUUGCUUCUACCUGGUCCCAGGAAGAGAAAAAACACUGCCUGGAGGAGGUCGAGAUGGCGUUCACCUAUUCAAUGGAUCGCCUCCGCCACAUAUUCACCUAAGCGGGGCCAAUAGCGAUCUCCAUUCCACUUUACGAUAAACAUUUUAAAUAGGAGUAUUAAGCCAUGUAUGUAUGUGCACUGGGGAGCUACACCGGGCCUGAACUGUUUUACAAUCAAAUUUUUAUACAAUAAUAAUAAUCCUUCAUAAAAGAUGCAUUACUUUGCUUUC